AAAGAGAAAAAGUAAGGGUAAAAAAGGAGCAAAAAAUAAAUAAAGGAUGAGAAAAAACUCCCUCAAAGGCAAAAGAAAGAUUGAUUUCAUUAAUCAAUAAGUGCAGGCUUUAUCAUAAAGUCCUUUCUGAGAAGAGAAUUUCACAAGUCCAGGGACUCUCUCUAAAGAACAUGAGUUUUAGGGAGUGCAAUGUAGAAAACAAGAAUCUAUGCCUUCAAACCCCUACUAAUUUCAUAGAGUGGCUCAAACCAUCAAAUUCAAUAUCACCAUCAUCUCCUUCUUCCUUGACUCAGCAUGAAACGAUCCAGUUUUUGCCCUUCAAGGAAGAGCAUGGAGUGCAAAAGGAGGGUUUUGAAGUAAAAGGAGAGAAGGUGGAACAGGUAACUGUGGCUUUGCACAUUGGAUUGCCUAACACAGGAGGCCAUGAUGAGGAUGAUGAGAAGAAGGGUUUUCAAGUUAAGGAAGAAGAACCCUUGAAGAAAAGCUUCCAGGGAUGUUCUUUUAAUCAAGAGAGAAGAUUUUGGAUACCAACUCCUUCACAGAUCCUUGUUGGACCCAUGCAGUUUGCUUGCUCCAUAUGCAGCAAGACCUUCAAUAGAUAUAACAAUAUGCAGAUGCACAUGUGGGGUCACGGGUCCGAAUUCAGGAAAGGACCAGACUCACUUAAAGGAACACAACCAGCUGCAAUGCUGAGGCUACCAUGUUACUGUUGUGCCCAGGGUUGCAAGAACAACAUCAACCAUCCAAGAGCAAAGCCCUUGAAGGACUUCAGAACGCUCCAAACCCACUACAAAAGAAAGCAUGGUGCAAAACCAUUCAUGUGCCGAAAGUGUUCAAAAACCUUUGCAGUUAAAGGGGAUUGGAGGACUCACGAGAAGAACUGUGGAAAGUUGUGGUAUUGCACUUGUGGCUCAGACUUCAAGCACAAAAGAUCCCUUAAAGACCAUAUUAGAUCCUUUGGAAAAGGUCACUCCCCACAUCCUUCUCUUGAAGGAUUCGUCGAGGAUGAGAAGGAGUGUGUUACCGGGUCUGAUGAAGAUGAAGUUGCUCAUGCAUGACAUGAUCAUGCAUGUAACAUAUAUGGUAAUGCUAUAUAUAUAUAUAUAUAUAUAUAUAUA